AUGGCGGCGAAGAAACGAAAGCAGAGCGGUAAUGCCAAGGCAAAGAAGAAGGCCAAGACGGCGAAGGCGGAUUCUGGGCUGCUUUCGGCCGAACUAUUGGAGGAAAUGGGUGGAGAAGAUGCUGGCGGUGCACUUGUACUUCCUGGUCGCCGCGAGAAGAAGCAAAAGGCCGAGAAAAUACCCGAAGAGCUGAUAGAGCAGGCUCAGCACAUGAGUAAGAGCAAACGCAAGAAACUAGAAGCCAUCGCAGCCAGGAAAGUGAAAGAAGCAAGACGUGCAGACUUGUACAAGUCGCUAGAGAAGCAGCAGCUGUCGCAGGACCAGAUGAAGCUUCUGUACAGCACGUCACAGAUGGGUCACAAGGAGACACUACGGGAACGACUCAAACGCUCGUUAAACCGACAGAAAGCAGGCAUUGAACUAAGAAGCGUCGUAAGAAGAAAGCAGCCGUAUCCAACCAGUGACGCUACGUCCGUCAUGACUCUCCAACAGAUUGAAGAGGAUCCGGAGCAAGAAGCAAAGCGUACAAGCUCUCAAAGUGCAGCGAUGACGAAACUGGACGCUCUGCGCAAGCAGAACGAGGAGAAGCGUCGUCUACGCGCUCUAUCUGGCAAGCCACAGCCAGCAGCUGCUUCUAAACAAGAGGAACCGUCUGUAAACCCCGCUGACGUGUAUGUACCCAAGCCGAUCGUGCUGAAAACCCCGCAAGAAAUGCGCCAACUCAGCAAGAAGAUGUCGCUAUCAUACAAGAACACACUGGUUACUCUGUCACGCAAGCCCGAGAUCCAGAUGGCGCGUAUGCAGCUUCCUGUGUGCAGUUCGGAGCAGGAAAUCAUGGAAUCGAUCACUGAGAACGACGUCAUUAUCCUAUGUGGUGAGACUGGUAGUGGCAAGACCACACAGGUUCCUCAAUUUCUCUACGAAGCUGGCUAUGGACACCCUGAUCAUCCGUCGAACAGUGGACGUAUCGGAGUCACCCAACCACGUCGUGUCGCCGCUGUAUCCACCGCUAAACGUGUAGCAGAGGAGCUCAAUGUGCCGUUCGGAGCGCCUAAAGGCCACGUGGGAUACCAGAUUCGAUACGACGCUGAACAUGUGAGUGAACACACGCGUAUCAAGUUUAUGACGGACGGUAUUCUACUCAAGGAGAUCCAGCAGGAUUUUCUACUGCGUCAGUACUCCAUCCUGCUGCUGGAUGAGGCCCACGAACGCAAUGUGAACACGGAUAUCUUGAUUGGUUUAUUGUCUCGAAUAGCGCCGCUGAGAGCUCAAAUGUCGCGAGAGGAAGAAGAAGCGUACCAGGCAUUGUCAGAAGACGAGAAAGAGACUGCUGACAAGCCUAUCAAGCCGUUGAAACUGGUGAUUAUGUCGGCUACUCUGCGUGUAGAGGACUUUACGCAGAACCAGCGGUUGUUCCCCUCUCCGCCGCCUGUGCUGCGUGUGGAUGCUCGUCAGUAUCCUGUGACUAUACACUUUAACAAGCGCACAGAACUGGACAACUACGUGGACGAAGCAUACAAGAAGGUGAUUAAAAUCCACAAGAAAUUACCCGAAGGAGGCGUGUUGGUGUUCCUGACAGGCCAACGCGAGAUCCUGCAGCUAUGUCGUAAGCUCAGUCGAGCGUACUCUGUCGCUGCGAGACACAAGAAGGCUGCUGCGCUUAAAUGCAGUCGAGCAUUCCGUGCACAACGCAGACCUACCGACAAGAGUAAAGACGACUUCUUAAGGGAACACGACGACAUCGAAGAAGAAGCGGACUUGGAGGACGAUCAAGUGUACGGUAACGACGUGGAUGACGAGGAUAUCGCGUAUAAUUUGGAGGAACAAGAGCGCAAUUCCGACGAUGAAGACGAAGACGUGGAAGAGCUGGCUGUGCCUUACUUGCACGUACUGCCGCUGUACUCUUUGCUGCCUAAUGACGAGCAGAUGAAGGUCUUUGAUACGCCUCCAGAGAACCAUCGACUGGUCGUUGUAGCUACCAAUGUGGCCGAGACGUCGUUGACGAUCCCGGGUGUCAAAUACGUGGUAGACGCUGGACGUACCAAGGAGCGUGUGUUUGAUCUGGCGAACGGCAUUUCGUCGUUUAAAGUGCAGUGGAUCUCCAAGGCCAGCGCAGAUCAACGUGCCGGUCGUGCCGGCCGUACAGGUCCCGGUCAUUGCUACCGUUUGUACUCGUCUGCAGUGUACGACACGGAGUUUCAGAAGUUCUCGUCUCCUGAGAUCCUGUGCCAACCAAUAGACGACCUGGUGCUUCAAAUGAAAGCCAUGGGGAUCCAUAACGUGUCGCAGUUCCCGUUCCCGACACCUCCGGACCGUCUAGCAGUCAAGAAUGCACUUGCGACACUGGUAAACCUCGGUGCGGUGUCUCCAGGUGACGACGAGGCCAUCACGGGUCUAGGACGCGCUCUCGUCAAGUUCCCCGUAGCUGCUCGGUUCGCGAAGAUGUUGCUGCUUGCACAGAAGCUGGAAGUUGUGGAGUACACGAUUGCUAUCGUCGCUGGUCUGUCAGGUCACUCUCCGUUCAUCCACGCUUUGGAUCAGAUGCGCAAACACGCACAAUGGAUCGACCAGGAGAGCGACGUCUUGAGUCUGCUGCGUGCUGCCGGCGCUUAUGCGUAUACUGGAGGCAGUAGUCAGUUCUGUAAGGACAAUCAUCUACACGAGAAGACGAUGCAGAAUAUGCUCAAGCUACGACAACAAUUGACUCGAAUUGUCAACAAAUUGUACGCAGAAGACACUGUAGAACUCAAGCCAAAGAUGCCGCCUCCAGACCUUGACACUCAAGCUGUGUUGCGUCAGAUCGUGGCUGCUGGUUUCUUGGAUCAAGUGGCCAAGCGGGUACCGGCUGGAACCAUCACGGAAGGCACAAAGAUUGAGCGUAACUGUGCGUACAUUGCCGCUACGGGGCAAGUGAAGGAGCCUGUAUACAUCCACCCCCACUCGUCUGUGUUCACGCCCAACCCGAGCAAACUACCGCAGUUUGUAGUAUACCAACACAUCAUGCGGACUACCCGUGCGUACAUGAAAAUGGUGACCGCUAUUGAACCGGAAUGGCUGGCGGGGAUCGGCAAGAACACACCGCUAUGUAAGUAUGCGCCGCCACUAGCUGAGCCCGCGCCGUUCUACCAUCGCGAACUGGACGAGGUGCAGUGCUAUGCUAAGGCGCAGUAUGGCAUCCAUCAGUGGGCUCUACCGGCGAUGCGUAUCCCGUAUCCGGACCAAGUUACGUCGGACUCGAAGGACGGAUUGGGCGGCAAGUAUCGGUGGUUCGCUAAGUUCCUACUGGAUGGUCAAGUUAUCACGAGUUUGCUGCCGUUCUCAAGCGCACUGAAGGAGCCUAGUCACACGCUGAUCCGCAAGAAGUUUGACAAGAAGAUUCAAUUGUUGGUUGCGAAGUUGCAGCAGAACCGCGUGGCGUCACGUCGUGCUCUUGUUGCUAAGUGGAGUAAAGAGGACGGGAAGCUGUUUCUAAAGGCGGAAUUGCAGAGUUGGAUCAAGGACAGUCACCAGACUGCUUUCAGUCAGGCAUGGGGAGCUCUAGUAAAGGCAGCAGUGCAGCAGGAGAGGAAAGCGUCGUCUAGCUAG